AACUCGCGUCUCCGCUACUACCAACAGUGCAGUCUGUCUUUUUUUCUUCACACUCUCUUGCAGCAUUCUUUUUUCGGAACCAACUUGACUCAUGACUUCCUUCCGCUUCAACACCCUCCUGGCUUGUGCGAUUCUUGCCAAAAUCGUCGUUGCCGAUGAAUCACUAUACAUUCCUGGUUUUGACUCUCAAGAGCUCAGCGCCAGCAUCGCCGGAGUUGGCGACGACGGUCGGACAACUUACGUGAUCGUCCAAGCCCCUGAUGCUACCGACGGCAGCUUCCCUGCUACAGCAACCCUUGUUGAGGGCGCGAACGACGCUUUCGUCACAAUGGACAUCAGCGAGGAGGGCAUCUCGGAUCAAAUUGGCGAGUCCUGCACGUUCUCCGAUGGAAUCGCCGUCUGUACCGUCAUCGAUGCCGCCUUCUCCACCACCAUGGUCGAGUCGGAAACCAUCAGCGGCUUCAUCGUUGAGGGCGCGACCGCUGCCGGGUCUUCGACCCCAGCCGCAGGUUCCUCGAAUACCAUCGCCUCGAAGACCGCAUCCGGGUCGUCAGUCUCCGUGACGGGCAGUUCUGCUUCUGCUAGUGCGACUGAAGCCAACACAAGUGGCGCAUCGAGGGAUGUGGUGUCAACGUUGGCGGCGCUGCCUGUAUUUGCUGGAGUUGCGUUUCUUGUCCUGGCGUGGUAAUUCCUGUCGAUGGUGUCGUCUUCAUUUUGGGUUCUGGGGUCAAUGAAGGGCUUGUGUUGUACAUUUUGACGAUAAUAUACCCUGCA